UGGAUGAAACUGGAAAACAUCAUUCUCAGUAAACUAUCGCAAGGACAAAUUUUUUUUAUUUUUUAUUUGUUUUUGCACACAUGGCAAUCACAUUACACCUCUUUCCCCAGAUAUCUGGGAAAUGUAGUUAUGCAUUUGUCUUCCACAGAAGCAUAAGCUAAGAAGCUCAAUUCAUCAAGUAGCCUGGAAAGAUGAAAGGGGAAAGGAAGAGUAAACUCAGAACAUGUGGCAUAUGCUUAAGACACCAUACUACAUGAACCUCUAAUAACCUCCAACUCCAUCUGUCCUGUCAACAUGGUACCGCAAGCUCCUAAACACAAAAAUGGGAGAAGCUGGAUCUUAAUUCAGAAGUGACACGUCCAAGGAAAAGAACCCAUGGGCUUGUCUCACUCGAAUUCCAAAGGUUAGCUCUGGACAGAGGGCAGUUUGCUUCCAGAAGUGAUUCAGCUGUCACUAAAAAUCCUCAGAACAUUUUUAUCCGGAGGCACCACUAUUACAAUUAACAUUCUCACACCUCCCUGUGUCCCACUUCAGGAGUCUAAUGUGGAACCAGGAGUGUGUGCUACAGCCCCCACCUCUGCUACCUCGAAAACAAGCUGAAGGGUCUCAUCGUUAGGAGCUUCAAUGCAAGCUCCAUACUUCAGUUUCAGACAUAGAGGCAUUUUCUAAAGCCAAGGGCUCUUCACAAUGCCAGUAGGUAUUGGAAAAUUCCAGCAGGUGACUAACAUUAGAAGAGUCUCCUAUAGAUGUUUUGAGCCACUCAGGACUUGAAUUCUAGAUUAAUAAUUCAAUUCUUUUUUAAGAAAUAAGGGGGAAGCAACAGAAAAAGUUAUCAUAACUAUCAUCAAAUGCCUUUUCUAAAAUUAUUAUAUUACGUUUUUAAAGGGUAUUAUUAUAAAUGUUUUUAUGAGCAAUUUACCGGAAAAUUAAAGUCCUUUAGUUUAAAAAAUAAUUAUUUUAUCCCUCUAGCAAAGGAUCUUCUCCCAGCCAGUAGCUCUUUCAAACUAUGGGGCAUCAUUUGUUCACCGUGGCGAGCCGGGUCCAUGCGAGGAAAGUUGAUCUGAGAAUCAAUCUCUAGAAAGGGCGCUAAAUUGCUAGGUAAGAGCACCUACUAGAAAGUGAAUCAGCCAAAACUGAAGGGGGCAAGAGAGGCCACGCACUUUCAAAGUCAAAGACGUAUGUGGUUCUAGAAGUCCUCAGGGCUACACAUCAACUACAGGCCCUGUUAACUGAUUUUAAGUCAAUCUAAGCUGAGCUUCCAGGGGGUUCGAUCUCAACCCAACUGAGCUUUUCACUGUUAAUCCCAUCUUUUGGUUUCGAUUUUUCCCUUAGGUCUGCCGGCCCUAAAAGCCUUCAACCUUCAGCACUGGUGUUCCAAACCAACCGUGUGGUACACAGCCCUGUGUGGAUAACUUUAGUGAAGUAAAAUAUGUAAGCUUCCGGCAUGCACAUAUAAUAACGAGAUUCUGAAAAAGGGUUUUUAACAACAGUUAUGUCAGGAUGCUCAUGGCUCCCUGAAGUCCCUGAAAGCCUUGUUAAAUUAAAGAUUCGCUGUGGUUUUUUUUCCGCUUCAUUCCUACUUCCCAUGUUGCUUCUUGCCUUUCUUUUUUCUCUUUCAUUGUGUUGUAAAGAUGGAACUGAAUGACACCAGCCAUCAUUAAUAUCACCUAGAAUAUGGAAGAGUUUCAUUAAAACUGCUAACAUUCCCAGCAGUUUUAUGGACAGGGGAAGGUCGUCUUUCAGAUUAUAAAGUCACACAUCUGAUUUUGUAAGCUCAGGCAAUAAAGGUACACAGUGCAUUCACACUUGGAUUCCCAAGAGGGAGGAAUUCAACAGUAGCCUCAAGUCUACCUGGGUAAUGUCUCAUGAGGUCACUGCAAUGUCAUGAGAAUCCAGACCACAAUUUCUGUGGACUUCAAACACUGACUGGCUAGAAGCUAAACCUGCUACCCUUUGGAAAGUAUCUCCCAAAUCAGAAAGCUUCCCAUUUCACCCAAUGCCAAGAACUCCACUCUACCCUCCUGGAGGUUGAAAAUGCUAAUUAUAAGGUGAUGAUGUUUGCUUUUCCUUUCUAGUUGUGUGCCUUUAUGUUUUAAGUAUUUAAAAGGCAUAAUCACCUAGUGUGUAGGUUAAUUUCUUUCCGAUAUUGUAAUUUAUGCAACAUUAAUACUGGAUGCCAGCUCCAAUUUUCUUACUGCUUACACUCUGGGAGCCGACUUGCAUAUUCUGCCAACUCCAUUACAUCAUCUGAAAACCCAAACAUUUCCCAUUUUCAAAUCACUCUCAACUACCAGGCAUACUUACACAUUCUCUCUUUUUCUCCCUAGCUCACACACAUAAAGACUGGUACCCCUGAGGAGCAGAUGCUACAUCUGAGGUUAAAGUCUGCAAAUGCACAUAAUUUCUGGAAGCUAUUACUACUGCUGUGUUAGCUAAAGGAUGCCUCCAUCUCUGACCUUCCUUUUUCCAUUCAGACUGUUAUAUAACCUAGUGCCUGCGUGCAGGAUGUGAGUUGAGUGUUUGGGCCUUACCACCCCCCUCCCAUUAAAUCUUCCAGGAGGGAUAGACAGGGGCUGGUUCAAAGAAUGAGUUGCGGUGGGGGCAGAGGGUGGGCGGAAGGGGAUAUGGGUCAGCAGGUCAGCUGUGCAAGAUGUAUCCCACUCCUACUAUGGCCCUCUCCCCUUUUUGCUGAGCCUAAGGGGGCUGGUGGCACUGAAUGCUCCAGCGUUACAUAAUUUGCAAGAACAGCAAGUUACGGAUUUGCUAGUCGGUUCUGCAGCCUGCCACCCUGAUCGCUCGCAAGAACACCUUCUGGCAAGAAUGACACCUGAAGAUGUUAAUAACACACGGUGUGGGGGGCGGGGGUCAAGAAGGAGAAGGGUGGCAGCACAAACCAAAAAUUAGUGCAGCUUCCUAAAUACUAUGUCCCCCGUUCCAAAAAAAAAAAAGAAAAAAAGCCCCAGAAACACAUGAAGGGGAUUUUCUCCAGUGUUUCUGAUUAACCCUGUUACAUAACCCGCUCGCAUUCCAAAUCCACCGUCUCAGGGUCUAAAUAUACUCUUUGCAGCCAAAAGCUCCCCGCACACAAACUCACCGAGCUAGCGGCAGGUCCGGUCCCCCAGCCCUCAUCCCCUUCCCUUUUGUCCCAGCCCUCGAUGCCCCCCUCCCGCUGAAACCGCGGUUCGGCGCAGUCACCCUUUGGAAAUCGCCUUUAAUUAAAUGUUUUUCGCGUGUGUCAUCCUGAUGGCUUUUACUGUACUCGAAUUCCGUGAAUGGGAAAGCGCCUGGACAGGGGGUGUGGCUAAGGUGGUGGUGGGGGGGGGGAUACUGUAAAACAGCCAGCACAUGAUCAGCCAUAUUCCUACCUCCAACUAUAACAUCGAGAGGAAGGGAGCAGUUCCUGGGGCCCCCAUUCGCCUCUACCCAGCCCUCCCCAACCGCCGCCAGAAGCCCAGUGCAAGAGGAGGGGGCGCGCUGGGCCGGUGCCCAAGCCGGGGCUGGAGAAACCCUCUCCGUCCCCAGCUCCGGGCGGCUCGCUCGAGCCCGCUUCCUCCGGAGUGACAGGCGUGAUUUAUACAUUAUUUACAACAGUAAUUAAAGCUGUAGCUUCCUCCUGUUCUUUGCAAACUCCAGGCGCAUUCAAAUAAAUAAUCCCCCACUCUCGAGAAAAACCCACAUCAGGUUCCAAUACCUUUAAGAAAGAGUGAGCUUUCCUCAACAGCUUACUUUAGGAAAGGAGGGAGCAACUGAGUCCCCCCCAUCCCCCCCACCACACGCACACACAGACCAAACACCAAAAUGAAGAGUAAAAAUCGCCAGGGGAGGAGAAAACAUCUCUUGCACUAUCCAACCAGCAUGCAACUUGCACUGACCAUCCCCAGGUUCCUGCAGAAACGCUUGGAACCUCCGAGAGGGAAGGAUUCCCAGAGCAGAAAUAAGUUUGGGUGCUUGCUUUUGUAGACGCUCCCUCCGAAUGCGCGUGGAGCGCCCCACAGGACCGCCGCCCUCUGCGCGUUGGCGCGCACACGCCCCCCGCCAGCCUGGGCGCCGGGCUCCGAACCCCCGGUCUGCAAACUUGCGCAUCUCCCCUCGCCGCGCCCGCCAGACAACUUGGCGAACAGCUCGCUCGCCCGCACCCCGCUUCCUUCGGCCCUUCCUUCAAAUCCCAAACGCACCGCCGUGCUCCAGAGGUGUCCACGUCGCCCCCAGACCCCGGAGCGCCCCCUCUCCACCCCCGGGGCUUCCCAGGUCGCUCACUCCUCCCGCCCCCCGCCCAGAUCUGAGAGGGACCGAAAACACACCCCCGACUCGGGCAGCCAGGGCCGAAACUGUCAAGAGGAGAAAAGAGAUCGCUGGAGAUGGCGAGCUCCGAGACUCCCUCUAUCUUCUGUUUUCAGAGCAACUCUAUGGUACCAAAAAAAAAAAAAAAAAAAAAAAAAAAAAAGGAGAAGGCGACCGGCGAGAGCAGGAGGGAGAGAGCAGGCGGCGGCGGGCGGGCGAGCGAGAGCGCGAGGGAGCGCGCGGAGUGUCUGGGUGGACGUGUGUGUGCGCCCGAGAGGGGACAAGAGGCGGGUCUGGCCACAGGCAGCGCUAGCGAGAGCUUCUCCAGCCGGCCCCCACACCCACAUUCCCCACCCUCCAGACCCCAGACCGAGAGCCACAGACUGGCUGCCAAUUUUGGGAGGUGGGGAAAAGAGGGGAGGAGGAGAGCAGAGCCUCCUGCGCCCCAAUCCUCCCCUCUCCCCAGCCCAGGGACAGAAAUUAAAAUCGGUGAGAUGAUUCCAUGCCUACUUCUGAGACUCUCCCGGGAACAGAACUCGUCCCCAUCCGCUGCCAGCUUGGGAAGAGACAAAUCCGAUUGUCCACGUUGGGAAAUCGCAGGUAGCCCCCUGCCAGCCCUGCCCAGGGCUGAGGAGAAACUAAAAAGGAAUUAGAACGGGGCUGACAUCCCAAGGAAGGCGGAGGAUGGGAGGACGUGGCACUUUUUACUUUUGGAUGGGACGGCCAGUGGGUUUCCAAUCUUGGUUAAAGACAUCUGUGUCUAAAACAGAUUUUGUGAAUCUAGAAGCGCCAUGGACAGUUUCUGGCAUGGUUGAAAGAGGUCGCUUUCAGCUCCUUUGCUGUUUGUCCGCGAAGGGUCCAGAAACCAUUUGGCAGGGCAUUUUCUACUGAAGAAAACUUUGGCCUGUUUGGUCGAUGACUAUCUAAGCUGGAUAAAACAUGCCACGCUGCAUCUAGCUCAAGCGUGGCUGCUAAUUGUCAAUUCCCACUGGUACUUUUCCUAUUAAAUGUACAGCCUCAUCCAUAAAAGGUAGAUAUACUGGAGAGGCAUUACUAAUGCCCGGAUAACAUUCAGAUAAUUAACAGCUCCUAAUAAUUCGUAUUAUUAUAGGCAUCAUUCUACACCCUCCUCCCAUUGAAAUACAUUCAUCCCCUAGUAGGUACCUAAAACUCCAGGAAAGCAGAUAAUUGCAUCAUUGUUACCUUGACCCCAAAUUCCAAGAUGAAGGAAUUGAAAGAAUACAAGUUGAAAGAAUGGAAAAUAUUUCAAUGGUAGUAGCCUGAUUUCUCUGCCUUCAUACUCAAUCUACCACUUUCUUUUGCCUGCGAAGACACUGUGGAAAUACGCCCCACCUUCCUUUCAAAAGGAUCCAAAAUUUUGACAAUAAAUAAUAUUA